GCUACUUAAAUUUUUGUCAUCCGUCAUAAUAAUCGUUACGUUUUGAAAGUACUUUUAAUAUUUUUCUUCCAUUUCCAAAUUUGUUUUACUUUAUUUUUUUUUGCUGGGGGAGUUACACAUGCUUGGUUCUGUUAAGAGCGCACUUCUUAGUGCCAUCUCUUGCCUAUCAAAAGUAUAACUAUAAGCCUACAACGAUGACGACAGAUAUCCUAAGCCGAGUGCCUACACAUGUUAAGUAAUUGCGUGCAGUUUGUAGAUUUUACCAGUAAUUUACUUAAAUAAUCGGUUUAUGGAAGACAAAAUAAACCACGGUACAGUGACCUGACGACAAUGCAGACGACUUUUGAGUAGACUAUAAAACUGAAACUUCUUCUAUAACUAUCGUCAGUCGUUUGUUAGCAAUAGGAUUUGUGGAUAUACCUUCUAGUGAACUCUUAAUAAGUUAUAAGAAAAUAAGGAUACUUCGUACGGAAAGGAUUUUAGUAACUACAGAAACAAAAAUGGAUACAAAAAGGAUUAUUUGUGCGAUUGUUGUGAUAUUGGCAAUGCUUGGACUUACUCAAGCCGGAGCUAAAUACGAAGGUCCAAACUCCUAUAAUGACAAUACCCAGUGGCGUCGACAGUACUUUAACGAAAAGAAAAACGAUUCAGUGGCCGAAAGUACUGCCAAUAAGGAUAGACUUGAAAGACUUGGAUAUACAACCGGAUAUGGUCACCUAAAUGGAUAUUCUGGUACUGGUAUCUCUGCUUACAAUCCCAUUAAACUUGAUCUUGGCGGGGUUGUUCUAGGAACUCUGGUUGGCAUCGGUGCUAUUCUUAUAAUUCCUAAAAUAUUAUCAGCAUUCCACGGAGGCUACGGAAGCUAUGCAAGAAGUACGGGUGAAGCUGAGGGUGAUCUUUCUGGCCUUGCUAACAUGAUGAAUAAGAUUGAUGAUAUUCUUGGCCAAAACAAUAUCGACUCUACAAGUUGCAUGCAACGCGCUGUUUGUUCCUACGUUCGGUCAACUGAAAAUAACAUGAAAGCUGGAUCAGAUGAUCAAAUCGAUCAUAUAAUUCACACAUUGUCGGAAAAUUCAUUGGUGGAUUAUCUGUUAGAUGGCACUGCUAUUAAGGAAGCCCUUGAAAAUGGUAGAAAGAUCAACGGAAAGGAAUGUGAGCUGAUCUAUUCAUCAUGCCCGGUGGACAGUAAAACAGCUAUGAAUGUUGUUACAACGCUUUUGCCAAAAACACCUAAGAAUUAAUUGAAAAGUCAUCAACAAACGAUUUUGUUUAUUUGGUUUCUUUUUAAUUAAUUGAGGUGGUUAAAUUUUUGGGGGACGAUGAUGAUGUGUCAUUCAACAGAUUUUUAAAAAUAUUUUCUGAUGUUUUUGUUCUUUUUAUUUUGUUGGUUUGACAAUAAAGUAGAAUUAUCUUUGACUAGUUCAAAGUUGAGUUAUA